AUUUCUGGGGAAAAAGCUUUACGUUCACGACGUAAUGAAUGAAUUUGUACAUGGUUUUGAAGAUUUCUUGCAGAACCCUUUACAGCCUCUUACAGAACAUUUGGAAACAAAUAUUUAUGAGACGUUCGAAAAAGAUCAAGUGAAAUAUGAUACGUACCAAAACGCAAUGUACAAAGCCAUUGCUUAUUGCAGUGGUGGGGAAUCUGGAGAUGAACCGCCUGUUGUGAUGGUAGUGGGUGCAGGCAGGGGACCCUUAGUCCAGGCUGUUGUUAAUGUUGCCUACACUCUAAACAAGAAAGUUAAAAUAUAUGCGGUUGAAAAGAAUCCUUUUGCUAUCAACACCUUGCUCGAUCGUGUGAAAAACGAAUGGAACAACCAGGUAACACUUGUUAGUGAAGACAUGAGGAUAUAUGAACCUCCAGAGAAGGCUGAUAUUCUAGUGUCGGAAUUGUUAGGAUCAUUUGGUGAUAACGAAUUAUCACCUGAAUGUCUAGAUGGUGCACAAAGGAUUUUGAAGAAGACUGGCAUAUGCAUUCCUCAAUCUUACACAUCAUAUUUAGCACCAUUGCAAAGUUUGAAAAUGCACAAUGAAAUCAAAGUGAACAGAACGGCAGACAAGACUCUGCAACAAUCUUUUGAAACUCCAUACAUCGCUCAUCUAGCGAAUUUCUACCAAAUAGCAGAGCCUCAACCACUGUUCAGGUUCAAUCAUCCGAAUUGGAGCGAGAAUAUUAACAAUCAAAGGUAUAAGAAACUCCGCUUCCGAUGCGAGCAGCCCUGCGUGCUUACGGGCUUUGUAGGCUAUUUCGACACAGUCCUCUACAAAGACGUAAUGCUGAGCAUCCAUCCAGAGACACAUACUCCAGACAUGGUCAGCUGGUUUCCAAUCGUAUUUCCUCUCCAAGAGCCGGUUCACAUUGGAGAGGAUGGAAUUAUCGAGGUGUCUUUCUGGAGGGUGGAUAAUGAAGAGAAAGUGUGGUAUGAGUGGUGUCUGCACUCGCCCAUCCAAACAAGUGUAAUGAAUCCCAACGGACGGAGCUACUUCAUAAGGAAGCAUUGAGUUUAAUAUGGGAAUUAUCUUUCUAUCCUGAAUAAUUUUUAAUUUUUUAAUAAACGUUUUUUAAUUAUGUAGGUUUUUUCCAAACACAUGAAAAGGUCGCAUGAUUUCAAAGAUGUUUAUUAUUAUUAUUUUAGUGACUGAUAACCCUACUGUCAUCAUAAUGGCCUCCUCAAUGUCGUUUCAGAAGAAGUAUACAAAGCACACAAUAAAAGCAAAUUUUUUGUUGGUGCAAUUUGGCAUCGAUUGUUGGCAGUCGCAGCCGAGAUCUACUGAUGUCCUCGAAACUCCACCAUGUUAUAUUCCACACAGUCUUUCAAAUAAGAUAUCGACUUAAUACCGUAUAAAGGG